UUUAUCAAAGAGGCAUUGUGAAGAGGUCUGGUUGUUUAAGCUGAAAUGGAAGGAAGUGUUUUAAGGUUUUCAGAGAAAAAAGAAAAAUGUUCUAACUUGAAAUUGUCGCUCCAUGUAGCAGAACAUGAGCUCUGUCAGCAACAGCUACCUCAACAUAUAGUUAAAAUACAAUGCAUGCAUGGAGUUGUACAUGCAGAAUUAAUAUCCAUUUAGUCAGAAAAUUACAGUUUUUUUCUUCUCUUUUUCCCACAACAUUCUGUUGUAAGGUAUAUGCAUGCACCAUUGCUCAAAACAGCUGACUAUACUCAGAUUUCUCUUUUGCUUGUCUUUGGAUGCUUUAAUUUCAGCUCUUACCAGUGCAUUUCUAUAACUCGUGUAUUUCUGCUGUGGCUGUGAAGCAUUCCCUCUUUCAGCUCACGACUUCCCAGGAUGGCCAAUCAGAUUUAGGAACCUCCCCCAGGGGAGUGUGUGUUCAGACUCAUGGAGCCUCAGGUUUUCUCCCAGGUCAGACUUUCCUGCUGUUCUUUCCUAACUUGGCUAAGCAUCAUCUCUUUCGUCUCAUCACUGGCCCCAGGUUUUUGAAGAAGCUGUGGUGGAUGUUUAUGGACUCUAACUAAAGAGGUUUCAAAUCACAAAAAUGGAAACAGACAGCAUCAGUAAAGCUUCACAAAAUGGCCCCACAGACAAAGAUGGGCCCUUGGAGACAAAGCGACCUGAGAAAGCAACAAUGCUUCAACAAGAUAUUGGUUUGCUGAGUGGCAUUUCCCUGAUUGUGGGAACAAUGAUUGGCUCAGGGAUCUUCAUUUCUCCUAAAUCAGUGUUGCUGUACUCAGGAGCUGUGGGUCCCUGUCUCCUCAUCUGGACUGCCUGUGGAGUAUUAGCCACUAUGGGAGCCCUUUGCUAUGCUGAACUUGGUACUAUGAUCACCAAAUCAGGGGCAGAGUACUCCUACUUAAUGGAGGGUUUUGGAUCCCUUGUUGCCUACCUUUACUCUUGGACCACUGUUAUGGUGCUGAAACCUUCUUCAUUUGCUAUCAUCACUCUUAGCUUUGCAGAAUAUGCCUCUGCUCCAUUUUACCCUGACUGCACCCCUCCGCUCGUGAUUAUCAAGUGCCUGUCAGCAGCUGCAAUAAUCAUAAUCACUGGUGUCAACUGUUUUAGCGUCAAACUAGCAAGCUAUGUGCAGAACUUUUUCACUGGGGCCAAACUUAUUAUCAUCGUCAUCAUUGUGGUGGCUGGCAUCGUUCUGAUGGCUCAAGGAAAAACAGAGAACUUGUCAAAUGCAUUUGAAGGCUCAUCCACGUCUUUUGGAGCAAUUGGACUCGCUUUUUAUAACGGACUUUGGGCUUAUGAUGGAUGGAAUCAACUGAACUUCAUCACAGAGGAGCUAAAAAACCCAUACAGAAAUUUGCCUCUGGCCAUCGUCAUUGGAAUCCCUUUAGUGACUGUGUGCUAUGUGUUUGUCAACAUCGCUUACUUUACUGUCAUGACGCCCUCUGAACUGCUGUCGUCUUCAGCUGUCGCAGUGACUUUUGGGGACAGAGUCCUUUACCCUGUGGCUUGGAUAGUUCCUCUGUUUGUGGCCUUUUCAACAUUUGGUUCUGCAAAUGGAAGCUGCUUCACUGCUGGCAGACUGUCCUAUGUGGCUGGUCGAGAGGGUCACAUGGUGAAAAUCUUAUCCUAUAUUAGUUUGAAACGCUUCACUCCUUUACCUGCUCUCUUAUUUAAUGGCAUUUUGGCAAUAUUCUACAUUAUUCCUGCGGACAUCAAUACACUGAUAAACUACUUCAGUUUUGCUCAGUGGGCCUUCUAUGGUCUGACAACUCUGGCUCUGAUUGUCAUGCGUUUCACCCGGAAAGAUCUCAACAGGCCUGUGAAGGUGCCAGUGGUCAUAGCUGGCCUCGUAACCCUGGUGUCCUGCUACCUUGUCUUGGCUCCCAUUAUCGAUCAGCCUGAGUGGGAGUACCUUUACUGCACCAUCUUCAUCUUCAGUGGACUCAUCCUUUACUUCCCAUUGGUCUACAAGAAGGCAAACUGGGCUCGCAAAAUCAUGAGGCCCAUCACCAUGCAUCUCCAGCUGCUAAUGGAGGUCGUUCCACCGGAGAAAACCGAAUAAGAAGGGACAACCUGUUCAGCUGAAUUCUUGAGAUCCUCUGCUGCGUUUUGGACUUGAUCAGGAGAAGAUCUGGUGCUCGUAAAUGAUCACUGUCAAAAACAAGAACCUACUCUGUUUGAAAAGGUAUCCCUAUGUUAGGGAGAAUGAGUUGAAACAAUCAUGAUUUUUAGUCAUUUUUAGUAAUUUAUGAGGUUAUCGUACAAUAGAAGGUUAGGUCUGAUAGAAACAGAUGACUAGACUAGAGUGUUGUAGUCAUUAGUCAUGGUUGUGCUGCAUUGUUCAUGAACUUGUGAACAUAUCAGGAUAGAAUAUAUGUAUUUUUAUCUAUUUGUGGAAGUAAACAUCACUUGCAUUAAAUACUCACUAUGACAUUUGCCACCUGAAUUCAAAACCAGAAUGAAAAAUAGCUGCUAAAUUCUUGUGGAUUCACUUUUCCGUAAAGGGAUACGAUUUCCAUCCAUCCGUCCGUCCGUCCGUCCAUCCGUCCAUCCAUCCAUCCAUCCAUCCAUCCAUCCAUCCAUCCA